ACGCUGAUCGGGGUAAAUGUAUUUAUUAAGCAGAUACGUCAGAGCGCCAUGUAAAUACAAGGAGGGGAUUUAAACACAAGACGUUGUGACACUGCAGCAAAUCCAAGAUGGCCCUCACUGGACUGGCCGUCGUUCUCCUCUGUCUGCCCAUUGUCACGGGACAGUACGGUUUCCUGCCAGACUUUUACGAGCAGUCAAGACUUUCCUUCACAUCCGGUGAUGACGUCACACUCACGUGCCCGGUUACUCUACAUCCGGGCGAGCAGUAUGACAGAGUGAAGUGGACGUUCCUGUCCUGUGGACGCUACUACUUCAAGAUCCCCUGCUAUGAGCAAUCCGUGUGGUCAAGAGAACAAGGGCUUGAGAGAAAAGAAGGCCCAGUGAUUCCCCAGAUUCCUGAAGACAGUUCUGUGAAGGCUACUGCUACAGUCAAGAACAUCACAAAUGGUCUUUCUGGAUAUUACCUCUGUCAAGUUAUUGGUACAGGAAGCACAGAUCAGUCCCACGUCUUCGACGUGUACGUUCUUAAAAAUGCAUCGGCUGUUCAAACACUGAAACCAGAUCCUAUACUGGUCGUCAAGGGUGCGACAGGAUCUGUACAAGUCACAUGCACGGACGAGGCCUAUGUUCCUGGAAGCAUCAUGAGAAUUUAUCACGGAAGUUGGUCUUUCAGAGUAGCAUUCUUCGAUCUUCCAACAGUUUGCACCAUCACCUAUGACCCCGAGACCUCUUCUGAAAUUGCAUCUUGCCAAGCGGACAUUGCAGUAUCCAUCUUGACUGGAAAGUUUACAUUGCAAAACUCAGUCAAUUGUGACGUCAUCCGCCCCGGAGGCAAACGGAUAUCUCUCCUAAGACGCGCGAGGAUUGUGGACCUCGGUCUGCUUGAUAACUGACAUGUUUCAAUAUAAAUGCAUUAUUAAAAAACAUUGCAGAAUAA